AUGGGUGACUACGUCAAGGCUUUUCAGGAUGAAUUGAAAACUCUAGAUCAAAAAUUCGCAGGAAACGGUCUCUUGCAACAAUUUGAGGCCAAAACAAAGCUACCAAAAUCUUACGGGGUCGUGGGCGCAGCAUCGUUGUACUUGUUGUUGAUCUUUAUCAACGUCGGAGGAAUUGGUGAAAUUCUUUCCAAUUUCGUCGGGUUCGUGGUUCCCGCGUAUUAUUCGCUUCUUGCGCUCAGAACUUCCACGUCUACAGACGACACGGAGCUGCUAACGUACUGGGUCGUUUUUGCGUUUUUAAACGUGAUCGAGUUCUGGUCUAAGGCCAUUCUCUACUGGAUUCCAUUUUACUGGUUCUUGAAGACCUUGUUGCUGGUCUACUUGGCCUUGCCUCAAACCAGCGGUGCGAAAUACGUGUACAACACCAUUUUGGACCCUAUUGCGCAAAAAUACAUCAAGGCCCCUAACUCCACCAAGCCCGGGGAUAUCUCGUCUAAGAUGGAGAACUUGGCUUCUCAGGGCAAGACCUCUGGUUUCGCACCUCACCAGUCUUAA